CAACAAGUCCGCACACGAAGCGAUGUUGCAGCGAAGCGUAUGAGCUGUUCAGUCGUAUUACGAUCGUGGUAGCGGUCUGGUGUAAGGCAGGCGUAGGAGGAAGCGUAAAAUUCAAAAGUUUUGUUUAAUUGUUCUCGAUAUGGCUGAAAAAGUUGUAGAAUUCGUAAAGCUGGUUGAAGCGUUUCCUUGUUUAUAUAACCAUUCAUUAAGUGAUUAUUCAAGGAAAGAUGUCACGGACAAAGGUUGGGCAGAUAUAGCGUCGAAAAUGAACUGGACGGUUCCAGAAUGCAAGGAAAAGUGGCGCAAUGUGAGAAACGGCUUCGUUAAAAGUCUGAAAAUGCUACCUAGUGGCUCAGCAGCGAAAUCCAGGAAGCCGUAUUACUUAUACGAUGAGAUGCAAUUUGUGAUUCCAUUUCUUAAACCAACCAAUAAUGAGAAAGACCCUGGAAAUAUUCCUCUAUGCUAUAGUUCUCAAUCUACUGCCAAUAGCCCUAACGCAGUGGAUACUCAGAGUACGCUAAUAAACGAUGUGGAAACUCAACAUUCACCAACAAACGAAGAGCUUUUAGAUGCAACACAGCCGCCUAAAAAGAAAGCCAGACCUUCCAAUAAUGAUGUCAACAGCACUUUUGUGGAGUAUAUCUCAGCGAAAAAGAAACAUCUGGAGAAAUCUAUGCAAAGGGCUGACACAGAAAAUCCUCGCAGGAUGUUUCUGUUGAGUUUACUUCCAGACAUCGAGAACUUAAGUAAUGAUAAUAUGAGGUUGCUGAAAAUUGACAUGAUGUCACUCAUACACAAAUAUCACAUAGCUGAGCAAAACCAACAAUCACCUGCAACUGCCGCAUAUGCUCAAGUUCAACCCCGAAGUAGCUCAGACAUUUACCAGCAGCCAUGUCAACAACCAAACACUCAAAUUUUAUCUAUGCGACCUAAUCAAUAACCAAUCUCUUCAGCUAGACUUAAAUGUACAUGUGCACAUGUAUAAUUAAGAAUAAAUAAAUGAAUAUUGUUUACUUACCCUAAAGUUAUCAUGAUUUUU